AUGGUCCAGCAAGGCGUCUUCGGCACUGCGCUCCCGCAAAUUGCCUCCCACGAAGGUUCCGGAACUGUAGUCGCAGUCGGCGGUGCAGAGGCAGAGAAGCGGGGUUUCAAAGUUGGCGACCGUGUGAUGGUGGGCAUCCCUCUCCAUCCGUGUGGGAGCUGUCAUGAUUGCUUGGGUCCGGAGACGCAGACGCAGUAUUGUACGAAUCUGGAAGGCCAUGUGGGUGUGAUGACGGAUGGGUGCUUUGCGGAGUAUGUGAAAGCCGAUUGCCGGUCAACCACACCUUUACCGAAUGAAGUGUCCUUCCUGUCUGCGGCACCGCUGGCUUGCGCUGGACGGACGGUGUGGAGGGCGGUCUUGUUAGCGGGGCUGAAGAAGGGCGAGUGGUUGUGUAUCGUUGGCUCAGGAGGUGGACUGGGGCAUCUCGGACUGCAGUUCGCGAAGAGUCUGGGCUUGCAGAUCAUUGGCGUUGAUGCGCGAGAUGAAGGCCUGGCAUUGACGAAGGAGAACGGCGCGGAUGUCGUUGUAGAUGCACGGAAGGGCAAGGAAGAGGCGGUGAAGGAGGUGCAAUCUGUGACGAACGGUAUGGGAGCGGAUGCCACCAUCACCUUGUCAGAUCAUCCUACGGCGGCUGGCCUGGCUUGUGCGGUAACGAAAAUGCACGGUACAAUGGUGCAGAUUGCGCAGCCAGAUGAAGUAACGAUCCCUUUCCAAGAGAUCAUCUUCCGUGACAUUCGGAUUCGGGGUAGCCUGAUAUGCUCGCAAGAGGAGAGCAGCGGAAUGCUAAAGCAGAUUGCCGAGCAUGGUGUCACGGCCAAGACUGUACCAUUCCACGGCCUUGAUAAGGUGUUUGAGCUGGUGGAUAUGGUACAUGGUGGUAAGAUCCAGGGUAAAGCGGUGAUCAUAGUGGAUGAGCAGCAGAUUGAGGACGAGAAGAAGCUAGGAGCGAAGUUCUGA